GUCCUGCAGCAUCUCCUCAUCCGGAGGAAAAACACGUCUGGGCGAGCUCCGGUGGAAAAGCGCCCCAGGCUGCGAUAGCCUAGAGAUCUUGGGGCUGCAGCUCUCGCUGCCUGGGGAGGGGGCCCGGGGGCGCCUGUGGAACCGGCUCCCUGCAGCUCUGCGGCCGCGCAGGGACCUCGGCUGUGUGCAAGGUGGCGGAGGAGGCUGGCCGGGUGCGAGCGGGAACCCAGCCUCAGCAUCUCCCACCUGCUCAGGACCACCGCGCAGCCAUGGGCUACCAGGAGCAGGAGCCUGUCAUCCCGCCGCAGGAUUGCCUUAUUCAAUGAAGCAAGCUGGGUUUCCUUUGGGAAUGUUGCUUUUAUUCUGGGUUUCAUAUGUUACAGACUUUUCCCUUGUUUUAUUGAUAAAAGGAGGGGCUCUCUCCGGAACAGACACCUACCAGUCUUUGGUCAAUAAAACCUUCGGGUUUCCAGGGUAUCUCCUCCUCUCCAUUCUUCAGUUUUUGUAUCCUUUUAUAGUUGAUCCUGAAAAUUUGUUUAUUGGUCGCCACUUCAUUAUUGGGCUUUCCACAGUUACCUUUACUCUGCCUUUAUCCUUGUACCGAGAUAUAGCAAAGCUUGGAAAGAUCUCCCUCAUCUCUACCGGUUUAACAGCUCUGAUUCUUGGAAUUGUAAUGGCGAGGACAGUUUCACUGGGUCCACACAUACCAAAAACAGAAGAUGCUUGGGUAUUUGCAAAGCCCAAUGCCAUUCAAGCGAUCGGGGUUAUGUCUUUUGCAUUUAUUUGCCACCAUAACUCCUUCUUAGUUUACAGUUCUUUGGAAGAACCCACAGUAGCUAAGUGGUCCCGCCUUAUCCAUAUGUCCAUCGUGAUUUCUGUAUUUAUCUGUAUAAUCUUUGCUACAUGUGGAUACUUGACAUUUACGGGCUUCACCCAAGGAGAUUUAUUUGAAAAUUACUGCAGAAAUGAUGACCUGGUAACAUUUGGAAGGUUUUGUUAUGGUGUCACUGUCAUUUUGACCUACCCAAUGGAAUGCUUUGUGACGAGAGAGGUGAUUGCCAAUGUGUUUUUUGGUGGGAAUCUUUCGUUGGUUUUCCACAUUGUUGUAACAGUGAUAGUCGUCACUGUAGCCAUGCUUGUUUCAUUGCUGAUUGACUGCCUUGGGAUAGUUUUAGAACUCAAUGGUGUGCUCUGUGCAAUUCCCCUCAUUUUUAUCAUUCCAUCAGCCUGUUAUCUGAAACUGUCUGAAGAACCAAAGACACACUCAGAUAAGAUUAUGUCCUGUGUUGUGCUUCCCAUUGGUGCCGUGGUGAUGGUUUUUGGAUUCGUCAUGGCGGUUACAAAUCCUCAAGACUGCACCCACGGGCAGGAAAUGUUCUACUGCUUUCCUGACAAUUUCUCUCUCACAAAUACCUCAGAUUCUCACGUUCAGCAGACAACACAACUUUCUAUUUUAAAUAUUAGUGUCUUUCAGUGAGUUGACUGCUUUAAAAAAAAAAAAUGUAUGUUUUCAUAGAAUUUAAACCACGUAACAUUUACAGAUGUUUUAGUCUCUAUUUAUGUUAUAAAAUUAUUAUUUUGGCAUUUA